AUGCUGCGUUGCGGGAAGCCUUGGAAGAAGGUCUCACCCUUUGUCCUUCUAUCCGUCACCUCACCUCCUGAUUCUCCUCCCUCUCUCCUUUUGCCGUGCCCCGCUCGUGUGGUUUAUUCUGCACCUCCAUUAGCUGGCGUACGUGGCACAAUAACACGUUUCGUCAUCACAAUACCGUCGCCGUCCGCCACGUAUCACUUCUACGAACUAGACGUCAAAACGCUCGACCAAGAUUGGCUCGAACGUAACGAACGAAAACGCGAAUGGGUGGAUUAUGCUGAGGCUAUCAGAAGACUAGAGUGGAAAGCCGAGCUGUCCCAGGGGCUCAAGCUGUCGUCCCUUGCCCCGUCACGUUUCGUUGCUGUCGUUGCGGCCGAAAAAUACAACUGGUUGGGUAAUUUGUCUCCGUAUCACAAGGCUCCUGUUCCCUGUGGAGUGUCCAAGAUGUUGCCAGAAGACUGCACCGUCGUGCAGGUGAUGCUGAUGGGGUGGCAUGGCAGUCGAUGGCCUCUGCAGUCGGAGCUCGUCUAUAUCACAAAUCUCACUGAUAAACUGACUGCGACCAUGGAAUAUAUUCUAAAUAAUGAGCUUCCUGAAAACUUGCAAUUCCUGAAGGAUGGCCAUGUCACGACUCUAGGCCAUGACAACCUUACCGCCUCAAGAGUUGUUCGAUCAUGGUGUCAAGUACGUACGCUUGUUCCAUUCGAUCACGUUCGUCAUCCUACGAUCUGUUGCUCCGGCAUCUGGAGGCUACCAGCGUACUUGCUGGUGAUCAAGACAGGAAACAUCCAGGUCGUGGAAUCAGCCCAGUGGUUUAGUCAGGGAUACUUCGGUCGCGAGUGGGCUGAGCUCAAGUCGAGAGUGUUUUCUACUAUCCCUGAGGACGAGGUUACAAUUUCCUGGAUCACUCCGAUGGACACAUGUGCUAAAUGGGCGUACUCAUACGGCGGAGAUGCAGUAGAGACGUGGGAUUCCGCGUAUCUGCCUGCGAUAACCGAGCGUCUCAACACUUUGCUCCCUGGUGUCAACCUGACGGAUGCUGAUACUCACGGCGCGCUCUAUGCUUGUGUAUAUGAUUGCGCGGCACUGCGCCUUUCCCCGUGGUUCAUUGAGAUUAGAUACGAAUUGGAUAUCCUCAUGGACGGUGCGUUCGGAUAUAAUCUCCCCGGGAACAUGGGUCCCUUUUUGGGUACAAUUUUUGUUAACAAGUUGAUUGAGCGGUCAGUGGUCGAGUCGGCUACCACGGAGCCUGCCGAUUCAUUCCUUUCUCUUUACAGGUUCUCCGACUCGACAGGAAAUGCAUCCGCCGUUUAUUUGGAAUUCGGUCACGACACAACGAUUGACACGGCUUUUGCCGCCUUAGGAUUGGCGAAGGACACCCCCCCGCUCUCUGCGACCGGACCCGUGCCGCCGAACAGAGCCUUUCGUACUUCCACUCAAGUACCAUUUGGUGCGCAGAUGGUAUGGGAAAAGUUCACAUGCACAUCGUCGUUCAACGGACCGCAGAUUCGUCUCAUCAUGAAUGACUCUCCAUUUCCCUUAUCGGCAUGUGCUGGAACCGAACAAGAUGGGGCUUAUGGAUCUUGUUCCUUUGAUAAGUUCGUGGACUCGAACGCCUUGAGCACAUCUCUGAAUCUCAGUGCGAAGGGCAACAGCGAAGAACCCGUCUUUUUCGACAAAUAA